UUGACCAUUGUGCACAUAAACCAUGUAACUCCAAGGAAAAAUGCAUUAGCGGAGAUUCAUACGAGUGCAAAUGUCUCAAUGGAUAUUUUGGACAAGAGAAAACAUGUUCAGGUAAACAUCAGAUCAUUACUGAAGCUUCUUAUGCAGAGUCUUGAUUUUUUAUGUUCAUGUAUACAUAGUUAAUAGAAGAGAUGGUUUUAAUAGAAGAGAUGGUUACUCAUUAGAAUAACAAUAUAAAUAAUUAUCUAAGAUAGUCAACGUUUAUUCAUAAAUCUAGUCCUUCACCGUUACAUGCGUAUCGUAUUUUUGCCCAACUAACUAAUAGCAAUGCUUUAGGAAAUUUACCUAUCCGUGACUCGAACAAUAGGGUAAAUUGGAAAUUGCUAUUGGUGGAUUUGGCAAAAAUACAAUACACACGUGACGGUGAAGGAACAUAUUUAUGAAUAAACGUUGACUAACAUGGAUAUUGAGUUAUGUUGUUUCCAAACCAUCUAUUCUAUUAACUAUGAUGUAUAUAGGUUUUAUACUUCAUUCAGACAAUAGAAUCGUCUCCAUCAAUUUGUAUAGGUACUCGCAUGGGGCCGAGUAGAAUUAAGGUUUACGAGUAACUAUGCGAUUUCUUGUUAAUCAUAGGGCAAAAUUUAUUCGUAAGUAAAUUGUGAACUUGUCAAGUUAUUGAACCUCGUAAGCCUUCAAGUCUUCGCCAAUAUUCAUUUAUGCUGCCCAUUUCUUAAAUACUCUGACCCUUAAAAUUUGUACUUUUCUAGUGUUCCUCGAGUUUUCACUAGACGUUUUUAAUUCUUCAAUAACAUCAUUGUCCGCAAAGGCAAAGCGAGAAGCCAUAACUUGUAUCGUUUUUUAAAACAAGAAACUUCCCGCGCUUGCGUCUCAGCCAAUCAGAUACACUAAAUUUGACCUGAAUUAAGAAAAAAAUGCCCGCAUCAUUAGCCAAUUAUAUUCGACUAAUUUUGCCCUCUAUAUAAUUAGUAUAGCUAAUAGCAUGUUUUCGAAUGCAAUUUGGAUAUAACAUGCACGAGUGAGUUAUUCAAAGACGUCAAAAUAGCACGAGUCUGAAGGACGAGUGCUAUUUGAGAUCUUUGAAAAACUCACGAGUGAAGUGUAUCCAAAUUUCACGAGAAACCAUGUUUAUUGCCAAUUAAUUUAUAACGAACCGUCCACUGGCAAAGUUUUCCUGGUUUUGUUAUAUCACAUUAUACAACGCUAACAGCUUGAAAAUUCCGCUCAACUAUUAAAGUUUUUUUGUGCUGUUUAAAGUAAAUGAUUUUCCAUUUAAAAAAAGAUAAAAGCCAUAUUUUCUGUACCAAAGCCGGUCAACAUUUACUUUAUGCAUCGCGGCGCCUUGUUUGUUUUGUUUUGAAAUCAAUCUGUGACCGUUACUUCUUUAAAUUUGAUUGCUUUAAACUGUUUGGUUGACUUUAUCAUCACAUUGUUUUUCCACCAAUCAGAUUAGCUUGUGAAAGAUUUUUGCACUGUGAUUACAGAAAAUUGCGCAAUGCUGUUUUCGAUUAACUGCACUAAUAUCAACCAAUCACAGUCGAGUAGUAUUUUGUGUAUAUUAUUAUAUGUAAAAUAUCAUGAUCAUGUAAUCAUUAAUACUAACGCAAAAUUUCGUGCAAACGUUUGUAACCCCAAUUAAGCCGUGACAGAACUGCCGCGAUUCUAAACCCAGGGCCGCCGAGAGCAUUCGCGGGGCCCGGGGCAAAUCUUCCUUGGGGAAGACAUGACAUCAUUAUUUUUAAGCCAGACUCGACUAGACCUCAGCGAGGCUGCAUGUGGAGGUACUGUAAGGGACCCUCAAUUUCAAAAAUUCUCCGAUCAUGAUCAAUUUAAAGAACCUACUUCAUUUUAGGCUCUCACUCUCGAGUUGGGGUCAUAUUAAGGUGGGGCCCCGGGGCAAUUUGGCCCCUCCCCUGCCCCUCUCUCGGCGGCUCUGUCUAUACUUCAACAGGCAGUAUUGAUAUACCCGUAUCGAAUUUGUGUGGUGCACGCAGCAAUUAAAAUGUAUCUAUAUACCAAUAAUUUUUAUAUUAAGAAACUUUUUAAACAACUAAAUUCUCAGUCUAGCUUCAUUCUCAAAAACUAUAAAAAAUCACGAAGUUCUAGACGAUAAAUGCUUCAGCAAUUUGUCUGAACAAAGUAAUUCAUUAUUGUUACCGAGCCGACGGCGCGAAGCGCCGUACGAGGGUACUAAUUCCCCCCUGCUAUUUACACCCGGUGAAACGAAAGCAUUAGGGAAGUCUAAAGUUCAGCAAAUAACGCGGUCGCAUGGCUAACCGUUGAUCGUUCAUGGGUGGUCAUCCUCACUGAUCUCAGAAAUAUGGCGGACUGUCAUGAAUAGCGGACACUGAUUGGUCCAGUUUAAAGUUUGCAUUAUAACGACCGCAUGACGACCGCAAAAUAGCAAAUAUUUCUUGAUUUGAUGAUUGAUGAAUUUUUUGCUCGCAUUUUUGCAAGAUUUAGUAAAUUUCAAAAGUUUUAUCAUAAAGAAAGGGCGAAAGAAUCGGUUAAAAGAGGGGAGCUGACGUUAACGAAGGUAAAUUUGUUUUAAAUAUUGAUUUUAUAAUGGAUUUAAAACCCGACGGCCUUUGCGUGUAUGAAACAACUAAACAAGACAGCAUAUAAUUUCAGUAUAUCUUUAAUAUUGACUCCCUUUUUUAUUAUAUUGAAGUUUUUAAAUAAAAAAGAAAGCAAAGUUAUCUGUAAGCGUGUAUUUGAAAUCAUUUUAUUGCGAACUCAAAGUUUAUCGAUAAAGCCAGUUUAGUGUAUUAAAAGCAGUUUAGUGUAUUAAAGAACAUUUUAAUUAAAACAUUUUGCGGAGUGUUUGUGGUUGAAUUUUACCUUAAAAUUGAAGGUAAAAACAUUAAAUUGAAGGUUAAUUAAAUUCAGUAGCGUAGCCAGCCCAACGAUUUAGUCCCGCUAUGCAAAUAUUUUCGUGUUCAUUGACUGUGAAAACAAUCAAUUUCUAAAGAAAUGAAUAAUGAUAAUAAUUUUGAAUUUGCAUAGCGGGACGAAAUUGUCGGGCUGGCUACGCCACUGAUUAAAUUGAAAGUUAUAUUACGUACAAUAACAUAUCUAACAUAUAUAUGUUGGGAAAUUGAUAAUUUUGUAAUUAAAGGUGAUAUUUUUGGGCGAUUUGUAAGAAUAUUCUUUAAAAAUUAUUGUUUUACCAUGAGAACUACUCUAGAUAUUCCAUGUUCGGAAAAUACAAUGGUUUUGACAGCAAGGCGAGGGUUUCUGCAUGCAUGUAUUUUCUAGUAUUUAUUUAAAUCAUCGUCUUGUAACUGUUUUUGCCUACGAAAUUUUGCGCCAAUGAAAUAAGUAAUAAGAAUAUAAGACAUAAGGUUGUUACAAAAAUUAUUUGUUGGUCUUCUAUUUCGAAAUACAUUUUCAAGUAAAAAUUGGAAAAACGACACUUGAUCAUGCAUAUAUCAUAAUAUUUUUCCAACGAAAAGUGGCUAAACAAUUUCACACUCAUAUUUUGAAAAUUACAUAUAGAUAUACUAGAAAACGAGCCACUGACUUCUCGACAGAAUUUGAGUGAAUGGUUGCCACAAGAAAGUCGAGGAAACUGGAGUGUUUGCUGGCGAGCAACAAGAGACGGCUGGGAUGUAAAAAAUUUCCAUUCCAGAUGCGACAAGAAAAAACCGACUUUGACAUUAGUAAAAGUUGGUGUUUCCAUAUUCGGCGGGUAUGCCACCGAAUCAUGGGAUGGUAAGG